AUGGUUUUAGCAGAUCUAGGUCGAAAACUCAAUUCAGCACUUUCUUCACUCAACAGGGCGCCAGUAAUCGAUGAGAAGGUCCUCGAUGCGACUCUCAAAGAAAUCACCGCUGCUCUGCUGGAGUCCGAUGUCAACGUCAAACUCGUUGCAUCGCUGAGGCAAAAGGUCAAGGCCAAAGUAAAGGCUGCUCUCGACGGCCAGGGCGAGAAGAAGGAACCGAGCAACAAGAAGCAUUUGAUCCAGAAGGCUGUCUUCGAUGAACUCGUAGCCUUGGUAGACCCGGGUGUCGAACCCUACAAACCCGUCAAGGGUCGCACCAACGUCAUCAUGGCCGUCGGUCUACAGGGUAACGGCAAAACCACGACAUGUACCAAGCUCGCCGCCUACUACCAGAAACGUGGAUUCAAAUCCGCCAUCGUUUGCGCGGACACUUUCCGUGCUGGUGCCUUCGACCAAACUCGCCAAUCAUGUACCAAAGCCAAAAUUGCUUACUUUGGUAGCUACACCGAAACCAACCCGGUCUCUAUCGCCCAACAAGGUGUCCAGAAGUUUAAGAAGGAGAGGUUCGAGGUGGUGAUCGUGGAUACCAGUGGGCGGCAUAAACAGGAGAGGGAGCUGUUUGGAGAGAUGAUAGAGAUCAGCGAGGCGGUGAAGCCAGACAUGACGGUGCUCGUUUUGGAUGCGAGUAUUGGUCAAGCUGCGGAAGGACAGGCGAAGGCCUUCAAGGAAUCGGCAGACUUUGGCGCGAUCAUUGUCACCAAGAUGGAUGGUCAUGCCAAAGGAGGAGGAGCUAUCUCGGCUGUGGCGGCCACCAAAACACCAAUCAUCUUCCUGGGUGUAGGAGAACAUCUACACGAUCUUGACAGGUUCUCUCCUCAACCUUUCAUUUCAAAACUACUCGGACUUGGCGAUGUUCAGGGACUCAUGGAACACAUGCAAGAUCUGGCGACACAGAACCCUGACAAACAGAAAGAAAUGGCGAAGAAACUCGAAGAGGGAAAGCUUUCGAUCCGAGACUGGCGCGAACAAAUACAGAACGUGAUGAACAUGGGUCCGAUAAGCAAGAUUGCGAGCAUGAUCCCCGGAUUGCCGCAGGAGUUGCUGCAAGGAUCGGACGAAGAAGGCAGUAUGAGGAUGAAGAGGAUGAUUUACAUCACGGACAGCAUGACCGCAAGCGAACUGGAUUCCGAUGGGUCACCAUUUCUACUCACAGGAAAGGACGGCAAACCAACCGGCCUCACUUGGAGGGUCACCCGCGUGGCGAAGGGCAGUGGUACUAGCGUUCGGGAAGUGGAGGAACUGCUAUGUCAGUACCGGAUGAUGGCGAAUAUGGCGAAACAGGCUGGCGGCAAGAACGGCUGGCUAAGUGCGAUGCAGAAGAUGCAGCAGGCUGCUGGUGGUAAAGGACGUGGACUUAAUGGCAUGCCUACGCCACAGCAGAUUCAAGCAAUGCAGCGUGCGAUGCCGCCCGGUAUGUUGCAGCAGAUGCAGAGACAGCUUCGCAGUGGUGGCGGUAUGCAGGAGAUGAUGAAAGCCAUGAUGCAGGGACAAGGAGGCGAUCAGUUCGAUAUCGAGGAAAUGCAAAGAAUGAUGGCACAAAUGGGUGGCGGAGGGCUAGGGGGAUUGGGUGGAUUGGGUGGUCUCGGAGGAUUGGGGGGACUGGGCGGCAUGCCUAACAUGGCGGAUAUGUUUGGAAAGAUGAUGGGCGGGAUGGGUGGCCGAUAA